UGCGCUGGCAGCAUCCAGACCCUAAGCUCCUUAGGCUCUUCCGGUUCGGCCUUCCACAGUUCGCGAUCCCAAGGAUACAGGAAACCCCAGAAGGAUGACGAGCACUGCUAGCGACUUUGCCAGCACCGUGGCCUCCGUCACCACGGCUGCCAUGGAGGAUCUCCGCUUCAGCCUGACGGACUACAUAGUCUUCUCCCUGAUGCUGAGUGCCUCGGCCGGAAUCGGAGUCUACUUCGGGUUCUUCUCGAAGGCCAAGAACACCACCGAGGAGUACCUGCAGGGCGGCAAGAAGAUGCCAACUCUUCCUGUGGCCAUUUCCCUGGUCUCGAGCCAACUUUCCGGAGUGGCCAUGAUGUCUGUUCCGGCGGAAACGUACUCCUUUGGAUUCAAUAUGAUAUUUGUGGUCUGGGCCAUGGUCUUGGCGGUUCCCGUUCUUAUAUAUGUCGUUGUGCCCGUCUUCUACGAUAAUAAUGUCUCCAACUGCUACGAGUACCUGGAGAUGCGAUUCAGCAAGCGCACCCGCCAACUGGUGACCAUUACGUUCAUCCUCAACCAAUUCCUGAUGCUUCCCGUCUACAUGUUUGUACCUGCGCUGGCCUUUUCCCAAGUCACCGGCUACAACAUUCACCUGAUCAACACGGUUAUCUCGUCCAUCUGCGUCUUCUACACGAUGCUCGGCGGGAUCAAGGCUGUGGUCUGGACGGAUGUGGUUCAGGGAGGCGUCAUGUUGGUCUCGGUUAUUCUGGUGGCCAUUUUGGGCACCUCGAACACAGGUGGUUUGGCUAAUGUCUUGGAGAAUGCUUCAGAAGGUGGCCGUUUCGACUUCAAUUUUGGCAUAGAUCCCCGCCUGCGCAUCACCUUCUGGAGCGGAAUGGCCAGUGGACUGCUCAUGUGGACGGGUAAACUUGGCCUGGACCAGAGCUGCGUGCAGAGGAUCGUGUCCAUGCCCUCCUAUGGCCACGCCAAGAAGUGCCUCGUUAUGGCUGGCUUUGGUUUCAUCCUCAUCAUGUCCUUCACCUGCUUCGCUGGCAUCAUCAUGUUCGCUUAUUACUACGGAUGCGAUCCCAUUCAGGCGGGGCUCGUCAGCAAACCGGACAAACUGAUGCCCUUCUUCAUCCAGGACAUCAUGGGCCAUUUGAUGGGCAUGCCCGGCGUCUUCAUCUCCUGCGUUUUCAGUGCCUCGCUGAGCUCCCUUUCCGCCAGUCUGAACUCCUUCGCCGGCGUGGUUUACUUCGACUACAUCAAGCCGCGGAUCAAUCACACGGAGGCCAAGGCCAAUGCGACCAUGAAACUGGUCAUCGUGGUGAUGGGAGCCUACUGCAUCGUGGGCGGCUUCGUGGUGCAGAACUUCAACUCGAUUAUCCAGACGAUGUGGACGAUUACGGGCAUCAAUAUGGGCGCUGUCGUGGGAGUAUUCUGCUUGGGCAUGUUCGUUCCCCGCUGCAAUGCCAAGGUGGCGGUGAGUGGCAUCGCCUUCAGUGUCCUGGUGAUGCUGUGGAUCAUCGUCAACGGCCAGCUGAACUUCAAGGCUGGGCUGAUAAGGUACGACAGCCUUCCCAAUGGUCUGGAUAAGUGCGAUGCCGAGAAUUUCCAGGCCAUCUUCAGUGCCAUAAACAACACCAACUUCGCCACCACUCCGAUUCCCUCGCUGGAAGCACCCAAGCCGUUGACCACCGCCUUCGACAGCAACCGCGACUUUAGCAUCUACGACGUGUCCUUUUACUGGUACAAGGUGAUGGGAGCCAUCCUGGUCUUCGUUUGGGCCAUCCCCAUGAGCUAUGUGUGGCCCCUGGACAAGAACGAGAAGCAGAACCCCAAGCUGUACUCGCCCUUCGUCCGGAAUCUGUUGAACCAACCGGGUCCGGUUUUGGAGCUGGAGGAGCUGCCUCUGAAGACCCCGCUGUCCGAUGAGCAGAUCAAGGAGAAGGAAAACGGAGUCGCUUCAGAGGCCUGACACCGCACAUCAUCACAUUUGUACAUUUGCAUUAGAGUUAACAAGUAACAAUAAGAACUGUAUCGACUAGGAAACCAAGUUUCCACUUAAAACCGAAAUAAAUUGACAUAUGCUAAAAAUAA